AUGGCCACAGCAGAUGUCGUACCUCCACCCGCAGAGGCGGCCCCAGCUUUACCAGAUUACCUUGUAGAUCCGAAUGCAGUUCUAGGCGACACUGCAGACUGGAGAUAUGGUCGGGCUCCAGACUAUUCAAACACCCGGAGGGUGUAUGAGGAAACAAAGACUAAAAGCCAUGAAGCGGCGAGUUUACCAAACCUAGUCGAGAAUCUGGUCAAGAAUUGGGAAGUAGAAGCAAGUUUCAAGAGCAACAUCAACGAUUGGCGGACCAUCGACAGACCCAAUUACACCUUUGCGAUCAAUGGCGGCCCUCCACAGUCUGCAGAGCAUAUGCUCAAAGUGGGAACAUACAAUGCUAUCAUUGCUCCCAACCAAUACUACAGCCCCGAAAACUCGGAUUUCGCUACAAGCCACAAAACGUUCAAGCGAAUGAUGCCUACUUUCGCAUGGGAGGUGCUGGAGGUUUACAGCGGGCCUCCAGUGGUAGCAUUCCGAUGGCGCCAUUGGGGUACAAUGAAGAAUGAUUAUGUUGGUUUCAAUGACAAAGGAGAAAAGGUUACCGCGAAGGCCCAUGGAGGUGCGAUCGACAUCCAGGGAGUAACGAUAGCAAAGGUCGACGAUAGAGUUCGUCUACAGAGUGUUGAAACUUGGUUCGAUCCUCUGGAAAUGUUUCGUCAGAUUGCUCCGAAGGGUAUAGUCAACAAGACUAUUGUCACUCCCAAGGAUGCCACUUCACCAUCGCCUGCCAACGAGAAGGAGAGUGCUGUUGAGAAGAAGGAGGUUGUUGACGCAUCUUUGUCCAGAGAAAAGGUGUCUCAUAAUAUCGAAGAGAAGAAAGACGGAUUGACACCGCAUAUUUUGAGCAACGACAAUCAGGCUGUGGAGUCCAAGAACGAAAAUGUUACAUCUGAGUCCUCAGCCGAUGCAAAACAGAUUACCGAGGAGAAGAAGGACAGCUCCCCAACACCGCUACCAGAAACUUCAAGCCAGGACACCGAAGAAAAGGAAGAGGAUGCUCCAAGUCAAUCCAUAGAGAGCAACAUUCUGAUCACCGAGAAAAAGACAGAAAACGUGGCCACACAACCUUCAGUCAAGGACACUCAAAGCCCUGUACCCGUCAACGACGAAUCUACCCAACAAGUCUUCAACAAAGAUUACAAGCUCCCCGCUGAGGAGAAGAAGGACAUGGUAACAGCUUCAGGCGCUGGAAUCGAAGAAAAGGUAUCCGCCGAGCAUGAGCAGAAACUUGAACCUGGCGCCGCAGUUGUUGAACCGAAAGAUAGUGAAGAGGUCACGAGAGUACAUGAGGAGAUGAGUAGAAUUGGGAUCUCGGAGUGCCCGUUUUUGAUGAAUAGGGAGUGA